GAUCGCGGCGCCGACACCCACGAGGCCAACCUGCAACUCGGCUUCGACGCCGACGAGCGGGUCUACCUGCCGGCCGCCGAGAUGCUGCGUCAGCUCGGCAUCCAGCGGGUGUGCCUGCUGACCAACAAUCCGGAAAAGGUGGAGCAACUCGCCCGCUGCGGCAUCGCGGUGAGCGAGCGGGUGGCCCACAGCUUCCCCUCGAACGGCCACAACGAGGCCUAUCUCGCCACCAAGGCGGAGAAGUUCGGACAGGCGAAGUCGGGACAGGCGGAGUCGGGGCAGGCGAGGUCGGGGCAGGCGGAGUCGGGGCAGCAGACCGCGGACGCCGGCCCGGCGCAGGGCCGGUCCUGGCCGGCGGGCGGCUGCCAGUGCGGUGCCCUGCGCUACGAGCUGCGCGGCGCGGCGCUGGAUCUCUACUGCUGCCACUGCCUGGAAUGCCGGCGGCAGUCGGCCUCGGCCUUCGGAAUCUCCGUGAUCCUGCGCAGCGACGACCUGGUGGUGACCGCCGGGCAGCCCGCCGUCUGGACGCGGCCGACGCGGGCCGGCGGCACCCUGGCCUGCUUCUUCUGCCCGACCUGCGGCAGCCGCCUGUGGCACGGCGACCCGGCGCGCGACCCGGUCCUCAGCGUCAAGGGCGGCGGUCUGGACCGGCCGCCCGACCUCACCGGGGCCAAGCACAUCUGGGUCUCGCGCAAGCUGCCCGGCGUGGCGAUUCCCCCCGACGCCGAGACCUGGCCGGAGGAGCCGCCGGCCGGGGCGAUCUGCCGGGUGCUUGGCGCCGCUCCGUUACGGGAAAUCAAGUGCUUGCGCGGGCUGCGCGGCUGGCACGCCGCUUGCGUCUGGGGCAGCGUCAUGAGCGCGACCGAUUUCGAUCCCUUCACCCGGCCAAGG